AUCACAGGCUACCAGAGACAUGCUGGUAGUUAUAAGGGCAUGGUGUGCACCGUUCUUCAGGCUCCUGUACGAUCCCUAGUUGUGUAUCAUCAUUCAACUAUCACCUACAUCCACACCAGACUGCCGCCUCUGUAUCACUCAUCACCCUCUACGCCUGCUCAAGAUCUAAAAAAUCCAUCAUGGCUGCCAAGUCUCCGGUCGCUCUUAUCCUAGGGGCAGGGCCCAACAUUGGCACCUCAGUUGCACGUGGCUUUGCAUCCAAGGGCUACAAGAUCGCUCUCGCAGCACGCUCUGUCGAUGCGGCUGCCAGCACCGACAGCCAACUCAACAUCCCAAGUGACUUCACCAAGCCAGCUGAUAUUGUCAACGCGUUCCAAAAGGUAACGCAGACCUUUGGUCCUCCCAGCGUGGUCGUUUACAAUGCCGCCACCGCGGCCUUCACCCCUGCCGACGAUCCAUUCACAUUGCAAGUGGAAGAUCUCAACCGCGACAUGGCCGUCAACGCCACCAGCCCAUACAUCGCCGCGCAGCAGGCCGUCAAGGGCUUCGCGGAGCUUCCCGAAUCGGCGGCGAGGACCUUCAUCUACACGGGCAACAUUUUGAACACGCAGUCUCUGCCCCGCUUCAUCAGCCCGGGCAUGUCCAAGUCUGCGGGGGCGCAUAUGAUCGCGACAGCAGCGGAUGCUUAUAAAGACCGUGGAUACAAAUUCUACUACGUCGACGAGCGCAAGCCUGACGGUACGGCCAAGUACAAGGUCGAUGGCGAUGCCCACGCGGAGCACUUCUUCAAGCUUUCCGAGGACAAGACGCAGGGGCCGUGGUUGCAGACGUUCGUCAAGGAUGUGGGAUAUGUCAAGUUCUAGAUGUGCUUUGCUUCUUAGUGAGAGCUGACAUGGCAAUAUUGCCGUGAUAUCGAUAGAUGUGUUGGACAAUUGGGAGCUCACCUCUGCUACUUUACCACGCGAACCAGCAUUAUAACUACAUAGUGUCCUUCAAUACCAAUCUGUCUUGCCCC